CGAUAGAAUUUUUAACCUGCUUCAUUUAUCCCUGACAGCAACCAAAGCCAGUAUCAAAUACUGGGGACAUAUUUGUCAUGGCGGGGAAGAACAGUUGCCAGUGUGUAGAUAGGUUGGUGGGAUGUUGUGGAGCAGUGAUCAAGAUCCACAAUGGGUUGGCGGCCAUGGUCCUUUCUAUGUAGGUUGUGGAACUACUUCUGUAAGAAAGGCACAGUAACUAUGCCACAGACAGACAAGCAAGUAUGCAUUCCACCAGAGCUUCCAGAUUUGCUCAAGCAGUUUACCAAAGCUGCUAUUCGGACUCAGCCUCCAGAUUUAAUCCUAUGGUCUUCCGAAUAUUUCAGUGCCAUGGCCCGUGGAGAACUCCCCCCUGUAAGAGAGCGAGCAGAUAGAGUGCCUUUAUCAAACUGGGCAGAGCUUACUCCAGAACUCUUGAAGGUCUUGCACCAGAGAGUGGGUGGGAGGCUGAUAGUCCAUGUGGAUGAAUUGGCCCAGAUGUGGAAGGUGCUCAAUCUCCCAACAGAUUUGUUUGACAGCGUGAUGAACGUUGGGCGUUUUACUGAAGAAAUUGAAUGGCUCAAGUUUUUAGCUCUGGCCUGUAGCUCUCUUGGAGUUACUAUCGCAAAAACUCUGAAGAUAAUAUGUGAGGUUUUAUCCAAUGAGAAUGACAGUGGACCAGCUCGCAUUCCUUUCAGUACUUUCCAGUUUCUCUACACUUACAUUGCUGAAGUCGAUGGAGAGAUCUCAGCAUCCCAUGUCAGCCGAAUGCUGAAUUACAUUGAACAGGAGAUCAUUGGACCAGACGGGUUGAUCAAGGUGACUGAUUUUACCCAGAAUCCUCGAGUCAGGCUGGAGUAGAUUCUCAGUGCCUCAUACACUACUAUGUUACUAAAAGCAAGAGGAAACAGAGGAUAGAAUAAGAAUUUCAAAUA